GUCCGGUUGCGUAAAAGGGAAUUUAACCAAUUAAAUCAAUUAACCCCCUGACAACGGUUCUAUCCACCAUAACAUCCCAAAUCGCGAGGAAAGCUUGGACUGCGACAAGGCGGAAAACCGCUACCUGAUCGUUUCUUCAUCCCACUACGAUACUGCGAACCAAAAAAUCUUUAAUACCAUUGAAUGGUAUUGUCGGGGUUUAUUGCUGUUGGGCUAGGAGCUGGGUAGCCUACCGGACAAUAUCGUCGUCUCGCUACCUUUUAACAUUUGCCGUUUCCCGUUCUCGUGACGGCGUGUUGAUGGGAGAUUUUAACGAAGUCUAUCUUCACGCUCCCAGUCCCAAAUCCACAGUGAUUAGGUAGAGAUGCCUGUUAAGAAUAACCUGGAUCAAUUCGACACAUAUUUCGAUUUCUUCACGUCCGACCGGUAGUUUCGGUUCCUCAGCCUACGAUUUUUACGCUUCUGGUAUUCCGAAUUUAAUUCAUUAUUAACACUAAUCAUUGUCGAGGCUAUUAUUGUAUUUGGAAGCACGCAGUCCAGCUAUUCUCUAGUCGAGUCCUCCUAAGCCUGGUUUACCCCUUGCUUUGAACCUCCGAAUAUUCGUCCACACUCCACAACAGAGCUGCAGCAUCUCCUCCACGCGACCACAUGGCAAUUUGCGAAUAGAGUCAGCUACCCGAAUACUAUCGAUCGCCCCAUCUUUAUCCCAAGAUGGCACCUACAAACUCGGCCGUUACGGGCCAGUUGAGGCAGAUUGUUUACUACCAUCUCGACAACAUGUCCUAUGAAAGUGCAUUAUUCUUUGCUGAAAGAUUGGCUGCCCACGACCCUCGGUCGAGCGAAUCGCCGUAUCUCCUUGCACUCUGCCAUUUUCGACUUGGUGACUGCCACUCAGCUUAUGAAAUCAGCAAAGCCGUUGGAUACCGUGGAACCAAUGUCUCCUGUUCAUAUAUAUUUGCACAGUGUUGCCUCGUGCUCGAACAAUACAAGGAUGGGAUCACAGCAUUGGAGAAGUCUAGAAGUUUAUGGCCUCGGAAAUCAAGUUUGGGCAAGCACAACGCAACAAAUAGGGCGCAAUAUCCGGACUCAGCGAGUAUUGCAUGCUUGCUUGGUAGGCUCUACCGGGCCUACGAUGACAAAAAUAAGGCAAUAAUCAACUUUGAAGAUGCACUCAAGCAAAAUCCGUUUAUGUGGGAUGCAUUUACGGCUCUGUGCGAUAUGGGUGCCGAUGUCAGGACGGCUAAUAUUUUCAAGCUGAAUGACAUGUUAAUAGAUAGCUCGAGUGCGGCCCUGUUGAAUGGGAUUCUCUCGGAGCAAAAGGAUAGCACCGCACCCAAUGUAGCGGAAACCCAGCCUAAGAAGGCUGUGUCCCGUUCCGCGGUUUACGACACUGUAGGGGACCCUUUCGAUUCACAGAGGUCAACAGCUGGAAACGAGACGCUCCUCGGCACUAACUUUCUCUCCGGUGAGAAUGACUUUGUGUCUAAAAUCAACGCGGCUCGUUCUAGGAUGGCUGCUACUGCCGAAACUGGGUUUGAAAGCGUGGAAACGCCGACAACGAACCACACGGACUCGAAUAUUCCCCGAAUUAAUCACCCGCCAGAGCCCCCUCAGGCUCCUGCUAGAAAAACGAGGAAUGCCCAGCCUAUCGAGCCCAAUCAGAUGGAUGUACCCUCGAAGAUAGGAUAUCGAAUGGGUGCCAAGAGAACUCAAAAACUGCAGGAUAGGUCUCAAGAGGACUUCCCUCCAGAGCACAAUUCUACUCUUCUUAGACCGACUGCUUCUAGUGCAUCUGGGAUAGAGAGAAAGAGGACUGUUUCUGGUCACCUCGUCCAACCAAGGCAACGGCCGGAUGAACCAGGUGCCCCCCAAAGACGGAGCGCAAGAUUAAACCCGUUUGGGGGUGCCAAUGCGAAGGCCAACUCUGCGUCAACUGUCGGUCCGACACGAGAAUUGAAGAAGGCUAGACCCCCUAUCUCAAGGAUCGUACGUCCGAAUUCGAGUGGUUCCAACGUCGGCAGAGCUAUUAGCGGUAACAGGAAACCGUUGGAAGAAAAUGGUAUGGAUGUGGACCAGGCUGAGGUGCCACGGAUAAAAGAAGUCCAUUAUCCGCCUCCUGUUACUAAAUCUGCAGAACCGGAAACUAUUAAGGUUGAGGAGACGUUGAAAUUUCUACUGGAGUUAUUGAAGAAAUUCGGCUCCGGUUAUUUAGCACUAUCGCGGUAUCGGUGCGCUGAAGCUCUGGCCUUUUACACAUCGCUACCGCGGACGCACCAAGAAACGCCAUGGGUGCUUUCACAAAUUGGAAGGGCAUACUACGAGCAGGCUGCGUACGCGGAGGCAGAGAAGUUUUAUAGGAGAUUACGAAUACUGGCUCCUACUCGCCUCGAAGACAUGGAAGUAUACUCUACCAUUUUGUGGUUCCUCAAAAGAGAGACGGAUCUGUCUUUCCUUGCUCAUGAGCUCGUCGAUUUGUCAUGGCAUUCCCCCCAGGCUUGGUGUGCGCUUGGCAACGCCUGGUCACUCGCCCGAGACCACGAGCAAGCACUGAGAUGUUUCAAGCGAGCCACCCAACUAAACCCUAAGUUUGCUUAUGCAUUUACUCUACAGGGUCAUGAACACGUUUCAAAUGAGGAGUAUGAGAAAGCCCUCACGGCGUACCGUCAAGCAAUAUCGGCCGACCGUCGGCAUUACAAUGCGUAUUAUGGUAUUGGUAGGGUCUAUGAAAAACUGGGCAACUACGACAAGGCCUAUAUACAUUUCCACUCAGCAUCCGUUAUAAACCCUACCAAUGCUGUCUUGAUAUGCUGCAUCGGCAAUGUCCUCGAAAAACAGCGACAGAUUGUCAAGGCCCUCCAAUUUUUUACCAAGGCCACCGAACUUGCUCCACACGCCGCGCAAACUCGAUACAAGAAAGCUCGAGCUCUGCUGGCUCUUAAUCAGCUCGAUGAAGCCCACAAGGAACUUGACAUUCUGAAGACCCUUGCUCCUGACGAGGCUACUGUGCAUUUCCUCCUGGGGAAGUUAUACAAGACCUUAAAUGACAAGGGCGCCGCCGUACGGCAUUUUACGAUUGCACUGAAUUUAGAUCCCAAGGCAAGCCAACAAAUCAAAGAAGCUAUCGAGAGCCUUGAAGAUGACGACAGCUUUGACGAUUCUAUGAUGGCAUGACAAUAGGGCACGGUGGAAGCAUUUGUGUUUAUUAAGCGGGAUUUCUUUUAUUGCCAUGAUUACAGCGGCAUAGGGAGGUUCGGCUAGAUUCGAGUAUAUCCCCAGGACAUUGCGUCAAACGUCUUUGGGGGGC